ACCGAAAGUCACGUGCAUGAUCCACAUGGAAAGGAUUUCGCUGCUACAGACAAUUUACAAACAUGUUUGUACUAUUUUAUCAACAAAUCUAUUAAGAGUGUUCAAGUACCUUCAAGACCCCUAGAUGUCUGAGUCUGAUCCUCAGCCCUCCCCCCUCACCCUCUCCAUUCCUCCCAUCCUCUCCUCCACCCCCACCCUCUCCAUUCCUCCCAUCCUCUCAUCCUCCCCCACCCCAUCUGUUCUGCUCAACACCGGGGCCAGGAUGCCUCUCCUGGGUCUGGGUACCUACCGGCUCCGCGGCCUUGAUGAUACCCUCCAGGCCGUCAACGCCGCGCUCUCCACCGGCUACCGCUCAUUUGACACGGCCUCAGUCUACCGGAACGAGGCUGACCUGGGUCGAGCACUGCGACACCUCCUGCCCAAACACGGCCUCUCCCGAGCGGACGUCUUCAUCACCAGCAAGCUGGGCCCAAAGGACCAGGGAGCCAGAGCCAGGGAAGGAGCUUUGAGGAGUCUAGAACUGCUGGAUCUAGACUAUAUAGAUCUAUACUUGAUCCACUGGCCAGGGACCCAGGGGCUGGGGGUGGGAGACAAGAGGAACCCAGAGAAUAGAGCUCAGAGCUGGGCAGAGUUAGAGGAGCUCCACGCCCAGGGCCAGGGGAAGCUGAAGGCCAUAGGGGUGUCCAACUACACCCCAGGACAUAUGAAGGAGCUACUGGAGGGGUGUUGUGUCACUCCCGCCGUACUACAGGUAGAGUUCCACCCCCGUCUGUCCCAGGGGGAGAUGAGGCGUCUGUGUGGGGAGAAGGGUGUCUGUUUCCAGGCUUACUCCUCCCUGGGGACUGGCUCUCUCCUCCAGGACCCUUUAGUGGUCCAGGUUGCACUGGGAUAUGGCCGGACCCCUGCACAGGUCCUGCUCAGGUGGGCGGUGCAGCAGGGAGUCCCCGUCCUACCCAAGUCAUCUCACCCCACCAGGGUAGCAGAGAACGGGCGUGUGUUUGACUUUGAGCUGACUGCUGAAGAUAUGGAGAGGCUGGGGGGGAUGGACUGUGGACAGAAAUACUGUUGGGACCCUUCACAGGUAGCCUGAGAGGUAGGAGGGGAAAACCCAGCGGAGAAGGAGGAGAUGGGUCUGUAGCCCAAAGAUAGCUGGGGUUUGAAUUCCUUGAAGUUAGCCUGAAGGUACAUACUUACUGACUGGAUUCUGUUAUGAAGCAAACCUUGAUAAGAAAUCACGUGUCAACAGAACUUUGGAGAGUCUCCCAAUAAGAUUAUUGAACUAAGUGUUGAUUUAUGAUGCGACAGAGACCUCUGAUGAAGAUUACGAUCAUGAUGCCAAGAGCAACGCUGUUGUUGUGUUCAUGUGAUAUUUAUGUUACAAAUGAUUUUCUUACUAACUUAAAAUCUGAAUUAAUUUGAUAUUUUCACUGUAAAAAUUGACCUCAUAUCAAGUGGCAAUUUUUUUAUUUAAUAAGUCAGUGUGUAUAUACAUUUUUUUUAUAAAAAUGCACAAUACAAAUAAAAAAAACACCUAGCACUAAGUAAAUGAUGGUUAAUAAAAGUAUUUUGUUUAUUUGUUUACGUAUGCCCAUAGUACACCAAGUGGUCACAAAAAGAAAAUUACAUUUACAAAAGUCAUUUUGUAUAAAAAAAAAGAAAAAAAAAAGA